CCACUCCAUCAUGAAUGUGGUUCUCGUUCUAAUACCGCUGCUCCUUGGGAUUCUUGAGUCCAACGGGAACCAUCCGGAUCCAAGUGCCUAUUGCCAGCCACAGUUGUGUGAAAAGGGACAGGAGCAUGUGGCCUGCAACUAUUAUUCCAAGCUGAAAGAAACGAUCCAGCAUGCCUGCCAUACGACGGAGAUGCGUAUCGUCUACUUCACCGUUCUCAAGGACAAGGUCCUGGAGCUGCACAAUGAGCGACGCUACCGCCUGGCCAAUGGCAACGCAUCUGACCUGCCGGAGGCUGCCCGCAUGGUGACGAUGCAGUGGAGCCCCGAACUGGCCACCUUGGCGGAAUUCAAUGCUCACAUGUGUAUGCUGGAACACGAUGAAUGCCGCAAUGUGGCCCAGUUCCCGCAAGCCGGCCAGAAUGUCUUUGUGGUCAACAUGAAGCGUCUGGUGCCCAAGAAGGAGAUGAUCAAACUCUAUCCGGAGCUACUGGCCAAUGCCACCGAGGCCUGGUGGUCGGAAUCGGAGAACAUAACCAGUGCGGAGAUCAAAAAGUUUCCCUGCGACCACAAGAAGCCCAAAGCAUUCCGCUACUUUGCCACCAUGGCCGUUGAGAGCAACUCGCAUGUGGGAUGUGCCGGUGUCCGUUACGUAAUGGACAACACAACCCAGUUCAAGUUGACCUGCAACUAUGCCAGGGCACCAGUGUGCGGACAACCGAUCUACCAAGCCAUGCCGGGAUGCCAGGCUGGCAAAAACGAGAAGUUCUCGGCCCUCUGUUCACCCAAUGAGCUCUUCCUCUGAGCUGCUCUCCAGCUACGGUUUAUCCGAUCCCUUGGCCCAGGAACAUCACUCAUGCAACCAUCCAUUCAUCCAUCCAUUCGUCCCUCAAGUGAAACCCCAAACGACCGGCUGCUGCUUUUGCAAAAUUCAAACAACUCCCUUGCAAUGGAAUUUCUGCCAAUUUCCUGUGAUGAACCCAGCCCGAGGACAUUGGCGGGCCUGGCAGGAAGUGUCGAUGGUGGAGCAAUUACCUGCAUAACAGCAAAUAGCUACACUGAGAAAUAAUCUCAUUAAAUCUGUGUAAAUUCAUUCAAGAACAUUUAAAUAUUAAAUAAAGGUAUGGGAUCUUAAAAAAAC